GGUCAUUUAAUUAAUGCCACGACCUUUCUCUUCUUGUUCAGCUGCCGCGGUGCCGCCGCUUUGACCUGACUCUCUUUCUCUUCCCCUUCAUCCUCGAUCGGUCGAAGGCCUAAUCGAGCGAGAAGAGGAGGUUGGAAGAAGAGGAAGCAAGGAGGGAGGAGCUCUAUGGGGGUAUGCUACGGCAAGAACGUCUCUGUCCUCGAAGAUGGCGACGCCGGCAACCGGAGCCAUGGAAAGGGCGGACAAGUAGCUGGUAGUCCUGCGCACUCGACCCCGGCUCGAAAGAGUCGGACGGGCGCCACCACCCCUUCUCACUCCUUGACCAGUACUGCGCCUUCCGCCUGGCCCAGCCCUUACCCGCACGGGCCCGCCAGUCCGCUUCCCGCAGGUGUUUCGCCUUCCCCCACUAGGUCCACCCCGCGGAGGUUCCUGCGGCCUUUCCCGCCGCCGUCGCCAGCGAAGCACAUAAGGGCCGCCCUCGUGAAGCGGCUGGGCCCGCGGAGGCCGAAGGAGGGGCCGAUCCCAGAGGAUGAGACGGGACAAGAGGAAGCGCCUCUGGAUAAGAAUUUCGGGUAUGGGAAGAACUUCGGGGCGAAGUAUGAGCUUGGGAAGGAGGUCGGAAGGGGACACUUUGGGCACACGUGCUCGGCUACGGUCAAGAGAGGGGAGAUCAAGGGUCAGAUUGUCGCCGUCAAGAUUAUAUCCAAAGCUAAGAUGACAACUCCAAUAUCAAUUGAAGAUGUUCGUAGGGAGGUCACAAUUCUAAAAGCUUUGUCCAGCCAUAAAAAUCUUGUCAAGUUUCAUGAUGCAUGUGAGGAUGCACUUAACGUCUACGUAGUCAUGGAAUUAUGUGAGGGUGGUGAAUUAUUAGAAAGAAUUUUAUCGAGAGGUGGAAGGUAUACAGAGGAGGAUGCAAAAGCUAUAGUUAUUCAGAUACUGAGAGUAGUUGCCUUUUGUCAUCUUCAAGGUGUUGUGCAUCGUGAUUUAAAGCCAGAGAAUUUUCUUUUCGCCAACAAAGAUGAAAAUUCUCAGAUGAAGUUGAUUGAUUUUGGCCUUUCUGAUUUUGUUAAACCAGAUGAAAGACUAAAUGAUAUUGUGGGAAGUGCAUACUAUGUUGCCCCUGAAGUUCUACAUAGAUCAUAUAGCACAGAGGCAGAUAUUUGGAGUAUUGGUAUUAUAACAUAUAUCUUGUUAUGUGGCAGUAGACCUUUUUGGGCACGGACGGAGUCAGGAAUUUUCCGUGCUGUGUUGAAAGCUGAUCCAAACUUUACGGAUUUACCUUGGCCUGAUGUAUCUCCAGAAGCCAAGGAUUUUGUUAAAAGACUUCUGAACAAGGAUUAUAGAAAAAGAAUGACAGCUGCUCAAUCUUUGACACACACUUGGUUGCGAGAUGAGCACUGCCAAAUUCCUUUAGAUAUACUAAUAUUCAAGCUAGUGAAGUCAUAUCUCCGUGCCACACCUUUAAGACGUGCUGCAUUGAAGGCACUUGCCAAAGCCCUGACUGAGAAUCAGCUGUUUUAUCUAAGAUUGCAGUUUAAGUUAUUGGUACCAAACAAGGACGGUUAUGUAUCAUUUGACAACUUUCGAAUGGCACUAUUACAGAACGAGACAGAAGCGAUGAAGGAGAGUAAGGUUACUGAUAUCUUGAACGCGUUGGAGCCACUCUCAUAUAGAAGGAUGGACUUUGCGGAAUUCUGUGCCGCUGCAAUCAGCCCCCAUCACCUCGAGGCCCUUGAUGGGUGGGAACAAAUGGCUAGUACAGGUUUUGAGCACUUCGAGCAGGAGGGGAACCGAGCUAUCUCCGUGAAGGAACUAGCUCAGGAAUUGAACCUUCCGCUGACAACUUAUUCAGUUCUGAAAAGCUGGAUUCGACCCGAGGAUAGCAAGUUUAAUUUCAUCGGAUACACCCGAUAUUUACACGGUGUCACCAUACGUAGUGCAAACACACACCAUCGGUAGGUUCGCCUCGCGAUAUUUUACUCCGACCAACACGCGAAUGCCAUUUGUCACAACUCUAUUGUCGUAUAUCUAACCGAUCAAUUUACUUAAAUUCUCUGGUUUUCCAAUGUUGGAUUCACCUAGCAAGACCUCUUUGUGGUCUCCCCAAUUCAAUAUCUUGCUCACUCAAGGACAAAGCAUCCAUCAAUGUGUGUUCGAGCUGUUGUUUUCUUCCAUGGAAGGACUCGACAACAAACACAAGAAGCAGUGGACACAAGCAACCCGGUUUCGGACCGGCAAUCACUUGAACCAUCCAAUUGUUUGGUUCUUGCAACUUUGGUCUACAUCCUUGAGGACAUAUGUCGCACCUGGCCAGUCGAUUCAGGUGAGUCAAAUUCAAAGUCACUCUAAGUCGUUGUAGAUUCCCAAUUUAGUUUGUUUAUGGGACAUCGUUACACUUAUAUAUCUUGACACACGGAAAUAGCUUUUGAUUAUGUAAGGUAAGAUUACAUACAAUAUAUUUUUCUUUCACGAUUUCA